AAGAAGAAGAAGAAGAAAGAAUCGGCGGCGGCGGCGAGUUUUCGCGGCGGCUUCAGCUCCAGCCCUGCGACGGGAGGCCCCCAGCCGGAAGGAUGCCCCCUGCGCGCAACUCCAAGGGCUUGGCCAGCAAGCAGGCCCGUCCCGGCCGAGGAGCAGCGGUGGAAAAUGUGCAAGUGGACAAGGAGAUUUCUCAAGCGAAACGAUCCCCCUCAUCACCCCAGGGGGCACCCAGGAAGCGAUCGGCCUUUGGCGAUAUCACCAACGCUCACAAGGCCCAGGGCUUUGUGGGGAAGAAGGAGCCGGAGAAGAUGAUUCCCAAGAAGGCCUCCAAGGGAUCCACUGCGCUGAAUGUGGCCAAGAACAACGAGACCAACCUGAAGAAGUCCCUGGACAAGGCACCCUCUGAGGACAGUCCAGCCAAGCUGAGCCAUCUGGCCAACAGAGGCCUCGGAGAGGAGCCGGCCGUCCCACUGGUAGUGCUGGUAGCACCAGCAGCCCAGGUGGCUCCGGCAGAGGACAUCGACCUGGGGCAGCUGGACGACCCGUACGCCAAUGCCGAGUAUGCCAAGGACAUCUUCGAAUACAUGCGGGAGCGAGAGAAGAGCUUCCUGCUCCCAGACUACAUGAAGAGCCAGCCGGACAUCACCAUGGACAUGCGGGCCAUCCUGGUGGACUGGAUGGUGGAAGUGCAGGAGAACUUCGAGCUCACCCACGAGACCCUCUACCUGGCGGUCAAACUGAUGGAUCAUUACCUGGUUCAGGUGGCAGCCAUGAGGGACAAGCUGCAGUUGAUCGGCUCCACCGCCAUCCUCAUUGCCUCCAAGUUUGAGGAGCGCUGCCCUCCCUGCCUGGAUGACUUCCUGUACAUCUGCGAUGAUGCCUACCAGCGGGAGGAGCUGCUGGCCAUGGAGAGGGGCAUUCUGCAGACCCUCCACUUCGACAUCAAUAUCCCCAUCGCCUACCGCUUCCUCCGGCGGUUUGCCAAGUGUGCCCGGGCUACAAUGGAGACGCUGACCCUGGCCCGUUUCAUCUGCGAGCUGACCCUGCAGGACUACGCCUUUGUACAGGAGCAGGCUUCCCGCCUGGCUGCCAGCUGCCUCCUGCUGGCUCUCAGGAUGAAGAACCUCAGAGGAUGGAGCCCAACGCUGGAGUACUACAGUGGCUACCAGGUGCCAGACCUUGUCCCUCUGGUCAGGAGGCUCAACUUCCUGCUGAUCUACAGCCAGGACGAGCGGCUGAGGGCUGUGCGCAGCAAAUACUCCCACCGGGUCUUCUUUGAGGUGGCCAAGAUGGAGCCGGUGAGCAUGCAGGCGCUGGAGAACGCUCUGCAGAGCUAGCCCUGGCGCGGCGGGCGGGCUGCCUCCAGUCGGGGCGUGUCCUGCCCGGAAACUGGAUUCAACCUGCCCUGUAAAUAGAUGUUCAGUCUACCAAGCCUGUAAAUAAUUGUUUUUUUUAAUGAUGAAGGGGAAAAAAAGGAAAACUCUUAUGGGGGGAAAUUGUGUAAAGAAAAGAACAA